GUUGGUCCACCACUAAUAAAAAUGGCGUUCGAAGUUGUAGUUAAAUUUUUAUGGGAAUUCGUAAAACAAUAGCGCGUGAGGCCGCGGCAGCAUAAUUCGCGCACUAUCAACCGUUCCGUGGACGAGUAAAUGUGUGGGCGUGCGUCGUUUGCAGAGUUUUCGUCCGAUUUCGAGUGAAUUAGAACAACACAAGUGUGCCUCCUUUGAUUAUUAUUGCAAAUUUUAGUACCACACACACUCGCGCGCACAUCGAUAGCGGAGGAAAUACUAGUGCGAGUAAAUAGUGUGGCACCCAUACUGGAACAGCGACUAAAUUAAAGUUAAUUAAACACACAGUGGUAUUUCAUUUAAUGCAAUUUGUGAAAUAAUAGAGAGGCAGAGGGAGAGAGACAGAUCGAUCCCCCGCUCCCGCUCUCCUUUGCAGCAUGCGUGAAUUGCGUCCGUGUAUGUGUGUGUGUGCGUGAGAGAGUGAGCGAGACAUGUGCGUGUGAGGUGCAGCAGCAGCAGGAACAACAACAGCAGCAAAACAAUUUCGGCUUGUAAAAAAAGCAAAUCGGUGUUAUUAUUUAUAUACAAAUAUAUAUGUACGUGUGCCAUGACACACAGCCACAAACGCAGAAACUACAACAAUUGCAACCGUCAAGGCUACCGCAACAGCAGCAGCAACAACAACAAUAACAAUACCAACUACUACUGCAGUUACCUUCGGCAAUGAAAUUACCUCUCACCGCCCUCACCUGCUCCUCCUACACCUCCUUUGCUUCCUCACCUCCUCCUUCUGCUUCCACUUCUUCGCUCUCCGUUCGCUACUUUAACGAAAACAAUAAUAACAACAACAUGCCCGCGACAUAUAAAUAAUCAAUACCCAAAAUAAAUCCAUUUAUUUUUUAUACAAACCAAACAAUAUCAAUUAAAAGUCGGAAAUUAUGAAUAAAUUGGAUUACCCACGUCGCAAUGGUACACACAAAGUUCGAAUAACGAUAUUGUGUGCAAGAAACUUGGCCCGCAAGGAUUUAUUUCGUCUACCCGAUCCGUUUGCCAAGGUGCAGGUGGAUGGAACUGGGCAGGUGUACUCGACGGAAAUAAGCAAAUCCUCUCUGGAUCCGAAAUGGAAUGCACAUUACGAUUUGUUUCUGGGCAUUGGAGAUGCCAUUACGAUAACUGUGUGGAAUCAGCGCAAGAUACACAAGGGCAGUGGAUUCCUGGGAUGUGUGAGGAUACCCGCGUUCAACAUACAGAGCCUCAAAGGAGCUGGGUUUCAACGUUUGGACCUGGGAAAACUGUCGCCGGAUGACGACGAGCUUGUGCGGGGUCAAAUCAUCAUUUCGUUGCUCUCGAAGGACGGACCCAGUAGUGGAAAUCCUUUGGCCAUUGUAGGACCCAGUGGCGAUGUGCGUGGACCGUCGGAAGAUGACUCCUCGGAAGAUAGUUUGCCAGAAGGUUGGGAGGAGCGGCGUACGGACAACGGUAGAGUUUACUAUGUGAACCAUGCCACCAAAUCGACGCAGUGGGAUCGUCCCAGACAUCCAGGAGUAGUUGGAGGCAGCCGCACCACUUCACCGCAACAACGGCACAACACGCACAACGGCAACAGCGGUGAUCGACAAGCUCCGACUGGGCCAACCCGCUCUACAACCUGCACGAACCUGAUGAAUAAUGGCCAUCGCAGUCGGGACUUGUCUGUGACGGCUUCGGAUGAACGAAGACACUCUACGGAAAUCCUGUCCAGCGUGGGAAAAGAGAACACCAGCCCCACAACUCCUGUUUCGGCCACUACAACGCCUGGUAAAAAAACAUCCACAUCGAACUCAUCCUCGGCAGGUGGGCGCACCUUGGAGCAGCGUCCGACAAACGAACCAGCAACACCCACCAGCAGUACGACAUCGGCUUCGGUUCGCCUGCACAGCAACGACAAUCAUGUUAAAACACCAAAGCACCAAACGAAUGGCCAUGCUCCGCCAGAGUGCACGCCCACAUCGCCCACGGGUCAGCAGAACUAUGUAAAUGGGAAUGCUCAAAAUGGGAGUACCAGCGGAAACGGAAGUGGUCAGGCGGCGCAGCCUCAAAGUGCUAGUAACGGAUGGACGCAAGAAGAUGCCGCAACGACUACUUCACCUUCAACAACAACCACUCCUCCGAGGCAUAGUCAAAGUCCGCCAACCCCAAAUAUAUCGCCACCAGCUUCUGUGACACCCUCUGCAAAUGGAAAUGUACACAGUCCGAAUGCGAACAGCACACCAGCCGGAAGCGGAGGUGGAAGCAGAUCCUAUACAGCCGCAACUCCCGGUCAGCGGUCUCAGCGUCGGAGCUCUCGGCAACAAGGUGAGGAAUCCUCCACGAGACGACGCUCGUCCCGAGGUACAAGAAACGGGGGCACAUCUGGUGGCGGAGGAGGAUCAGGUCAGAGAUACGCAUCGGCAGCCAUUGCCGCUGCCAAUCAGGCAGCACGUCCAUUCUUGGAUCUGCCGCCAGGAUAUGAAAUGCGAACCACGCAACAAGGGCAGGUGUACUUUUAUCACAUACCCACUGGUGUUUCCACGUGGCAUGAUCCUCGGAUACCACGUGAUUUCGACACCCAGCAUUUGACGCUAGAUGCUAUCGGACCAUUGCCAAGUGGCUGGGAGCAGCGGAAGACGGCCUCUGGAAGGGUUUAUUUUGUGGACCACAACAACCGAACCACACAGUUCACGGAUCCCCGACUAAGUGGCAGCAUUUUGCAAAUGAUUCGACGUGGAGCCGUUCCACCAUCCGCUGCAAAUGCCGGCACACCUGCUCCCCCAUUGGCUACUCCUGUUACCCCAUCGGCUACGACAGUAGUUCCACCCCAGGCGACACCGGCGAACAACGCAACUCCAACGACGCUCACAACUACUACAAACCCGCCCCAUCGUAUUGUUCCGGAUCUGCCACAGGGAUUGCUUGAAGGCGCCGACCUAUUGCCCAAGUACCGCCGCGAUUUGGUUGGCAAAUUGCGGGCUCUGCGCACGGAACUGCAAACGAUGCAGCCGCAAUCUGGCCACUGCCGUUUGGAGGUAUCACGCAACGAGAUUUUCGAGGAGAGCUAUAGACUGAUAAUGAAAAUGCGGGCCAAGGACAUGCGCAAGCGUCUAAUGGUUAAAUUUAAGGGCGAGGAGGGCCUGGACUAUGGUGGCGUAGCACGCGAGUGGUUGCAUCUGCUUUCCCGCGAGAUGUUGAACCCGCAGUAUGGCCUAUUCCAAUACAGUAGGGAUGAUCACUACACGCUGCAAAUUAAUCCAGACUCUGGUGUGAAUCCCGAUCACUUGUCCUAUUUUCAUUUCGUGGGUCGCACACUGGGCAUUGCCGUGUUCCACGGUCACUGUCUAGAUGGUGGGUUCACUACACCCUUCUACAAGCAGCUGCUGAACAAGCCGAUUACGCUUGGUGAUAUUGAAGGCGUGGAUCCGGAGCUACAUCGCAGCCUCACCUGGAUGCUGGAGAGCAACAUCAGUGGCAUCAUUGAAUCCACAUUCAGUGUAGAGAACAAUAGCUUUGGUGCUCUGGUGGUGCACGAACUGAAGCCUGGUGGUGCCUCCAUUCCUGUGACGGAGGAGAACAAACGCGAGUAUGUCAAGCUCUACGUGAACUAUCGUUUCAUGCGCGGCAUUGAGCAACAGUUUUUGGCUCUGCAGAAAGGUUUUUGUGAGCUUAUACCCAGCCAUCUCUUACGACCGUUUGAUGAGCGCGAACUGGAAUUGGUUAUUGGUGGCAUCUCUAGCAUAGAUGUCAACGACUGGCGGAACAAUACGAGACUGAAGCACUGUACGAACGAAACGACGCAGGUGUUGUGGUUCUGGCAGGUGGUCGAGUCCUAUAGUUCUGAGAUGAGAGCCCGCCUGCUGCAGUUCGUGACGGGAUCAUCGCGAGUGCCGUUGCAGGGCUUCCGGGCGCUGCAGGGCUCCACGGGAGCGGUGGGACCACGACUGUUUACUAUUCACCUGACUGCCGACGUGCCCACGCAGAAUCUGCCCAAGGCGCACACCUGCUUUAACCGGAUCGAUUUGCCGCCCUACGAGACGUACCAGCUACUGUGCGACAAGCUGACGCAGGCCGUUGAGGAGACCUGUGGCUUUGCCGUGGAGUAAAAUCCAGAAGAGACACUGCUACCCUCACCCGAUCCACGCAUAUGCAUAUACAUAGACACCUUUAAAUAUAUUUAAUGCACAUUAUAAAGAAACAUAUAUCAAGGCGAUUUGAAAUCAAAAUUGUACUGACCCUGGUCAAAAUGAUAAGUUUACAUUUUUAUUUGUUUGUUGAUGAACUGCUCCCGUAGCACUGUUUAAUCUUGUGUGCUGCGUAUUUUGCAGUUAAAAAUUUAAUUUAGCGAGUAUGUACUGACUCAUCGUAUACAUAGUUACCAAGUGCAUAUAUAUAUAUAAAUAUAUAUAUGGGUUUAUACACUUUCACACCCCCAAACAGACAUAUACAUAUACAUAUAUCUAUCCUGGCCUUUGUUUGUUUACGUCGUGGCGCGUGUUAUAAAUUGUAGUUUAAAAUAUUACGAAACUAAUUAUACAUACAAUUAUACAAGAUUAUACAUAUAUCAUAGUUGAUAAUUAGGCAUAAAAACAAUUUUUAAUUGUAGGCAUUGGACCGGCAAAUUUUCGUGCUUUUGUUUAAUUUAGUACAUUUUUGAUGUUUAUUGAUUAGAUUUUGUACAUUUAUAAAAACCAAUCGGACCCACUGCUAA